GCGGGUCGGCAAUGUACCGAUCAUCGCUGCAGAAACCGUAUUGAAUGAAAGCCCGUUAUAAUAUGACCGCUGUUGCUCACGCACUAGGAGUGGUGUGUGAGAUUUCUGAUUGGCUGAACCGUUUCUUCCGGACACACCCCACUUUUGGAGGAGAAGUUGCCUCCCAUGCUUUUUUGGUGCCCCUGACUAACCCGGGACAAAUCCCAUUAGCGGACUAAAAUAUGGGCACAAAAAUCGUGGGCUUCCUGAUCUUUACAUAUUACAUGAUACAGGGCAGUCAGGGGUUCUCCCAGUCUGUAGACAGCGAUUUUACCUUCACCCUCCCAGCGGGACAGAAGGAAUGCUUUUACCAGCCCAUGAAGAAAGAUGCAACACUGGAGAUAGAGUAUCAGGUUUUGGAUGGUUCAAGCCUUGAUGUUGACUUCACAUUGUUAUCGCCAUUUGGAGAUGUUCUCAUCUCUGAGGAACGUCAAUCAGAUGGUGUCCACACGGUGGAGACGGUGGAUGGAGAUUACCAGUUCUGCUUUGACAAUACUUUCAGUCACAUGUAUGAGAAGGUGAUAUUCUUUGAAUUGAUCUUGGAUCACAUGGGUGAUGAGGGAAAUGAACAAGAGGACUGGAAGAAUUACAUUAUAGGCACCGAUAUGUUGGAUAUGAAGCUGGAGGACAUAUUGGAAACUAUUAACAGCGUGAAAGGAAGGUUGAGCAAAAGUCUUCAGAUUCAGACACUUCUGAAAGCCUUUGAGGCACGCGAUCGGAACAUCCAAGAGAGCAACUAUGACCGCGUUAACUUUUGGUCUACCUUCAACUUGGUGGUAAUGGUCGUCGUGUCGGUUAUUCAAGUAUUCAUGCUACGGAGUCUCUUUGAGGACAAAAGGAAAAGCAGACCAUGAUCAUCUGUGGGACAAUAACCCAACUUUCAGAAGAAAAAAAAUAACUGUGAAUUGAAUAAAGGAUUUUGGUUACA